CUCAGCAACAAGCAACAGGAACUUAAUCCUCACUCAGAGUUUCUUCCCCUCUUGGAAGCCAUUGUUUGAGUAUCAAGAAAACCUUUUUGAAGACUAGCUGCUUAAAUGGAGCGCCACAGAGAGGUUUCUAAGCAAAAAUGCAGUACUGAAAGGAAGGAAAGGAAGGAAAGGAAGGAGAAGAGCGAUGAUGCAAGGAAGAAAGAAAGGAUGAGCUGGCGGUUGAUUGUUGAAGAUGAGAGGGGAGACAUAAAUGAUCUUGCAGAUGCUUUUAUCAAGAACUUCCACAAUCAACUAAAGAUUCAGCAUGAAGAAUCUUUCAAACGCUUCCAGGAUAUGAUAGCUCGGGGCGUUUGAAUGUCAAGUAUAUGUCACAUCUUUGCAGUUGAAGAUGUUACUGAGAAAUGGAAUGAAUUACUGAACCUUGUUAAUAAAAGUCAUUUUCAGUU